GGGGGCAGGAACGCCGGUGCUCGCAGCGAGCGGGAGCCGCAACUCGCCCUCGCGGCGGGGCGGACGAGCCCGGGCUCUGGGUGUCGAGGCGCGCAGCCCUUCGUUUCCUCUCGCUGCCGCCGCGCUGGAGGCUGCGGACUAUAAAUAGCAGCUCGCCGGCCGCCGAGCGGCACACGCACGCACCGGGGGAAAGUGCCACGCAGGUCGCGCCGCCGCCGGGCAGAAACAAGAGAGGGAUGGUGCUGACUGAAAGGAAAUCUGCUCUUUCUAAUGAAAAAUAAGAGUUCUGAAGUCUCCGAAGUGGUAAUCCUGGAGCGGUGCUGGGUUCUGGAGUUCAAGUAUAAAACAGAUGUUUAAAUAAUUCUCACUGAAUUUCAGAGUGGAGGACCAGAUCUUUACCCCGAAGCUGCAUCAAAAGCAGAUUGUGAAUCUUGGGCUGUGGCACUGGGAGAGGCAAACUCAAAGAUUGAGGAAUAAAAUUCAUCAGCCUGGAGGUUGAUCAUGGAGAUCAAAGAGGAGAGAGCAUCAGAUGAAGCACAACAGUUUCUCCCUUCAUCACAAAUAGACAGUCUAGGAGAGCCACAGCUUACGAGUAUUCAGAGAAUUGCAAAUGAGCCAAAGCUGGAGUUCAGUCUUGCAUGCAAGGAUCUAGUGGCUGCUACCCGUGAUCGGAAGCUGAAUACGUUUAUACAGGUCUCAGUGGUACAUCCAGCAGAGCACGUUUUGACGAGGUAUUCAAGUACUGAAAUCGUGGAGGGAACAAGAGAUCCACUGUUUCUGACUGGUGUGACAUUCCCACCGGAAUACCCCAUCUAUGAAGAAACUAAAAUAAAACUCACAGUCUAUGAUGUCAAAGAUAAAUCUCAAGACACGGUCCAUACCACUGUCCUACCUGAUCACAAGGAGCCAAGAACAGACGUUGGAAGAAGCUUCCUGGGCUUUACAACUUUUACAGUAGGAGACUUGGUGAAGUCAAAGGAGCAACAGUUGACCCUUACCCUCAGAACUUCCGAUGGUGGAAAGACAGUUGGUACCAUUGAAGUCAAUCUAGUGAACAUGGGAGAGCUAGAAGAUGGGGAACCAGGCCACGUCACAACAGAUUCACAGGAUCAAAAGUUGCUCUGUUUUCUGCCACUGAAGUCCUGUAAACGUGGAUUUUUAAGUGCAGCCAGUGCCCACAAUACUGAAAACCUGGAAAGAAUGGCAGACAGGAAAGCCAAAGAAGAGUGUGCAUUGGUUCGUGAGUGUACAGCAUCUGAAGGCAUAAGUGGUAAAGACAACUUGCCUUCAUUAAAUGCAGUGUUAAAAAACCCGAUCUGUAAGUUGUACAGAUUUCCUACUUCUGACAACAAGUGGAUGCGGAUCCGGGAACAGAUGGCUGAGACCAUCCUCUCCUUCCAUGUUCCUAAAGAACUGAUCAAUCUGCACAUAAAGGAGGAUAUGAGAAGGAAUCAGGAACUUAAAGACUUGGGGGAACUUGCACCUCACUGGGACAAUAUGCGUAAAAGUGUUAUUGCUCACUGUGAUCAGAUGUUGAGCAUGUAUCAGGAUACUCUCGCAGAGCUUGGAAAGCAUACAGGUUCUUCCUUCAAGUCAAGCUGUAGCAAAGGAGAAAAAACAUUAGAAUUCAUCCCAAUAAAUCUCCAUCUGCAGAGAAUGCAUGUGCACAGUCCUCUAUUGAAAGAUGCUCUGUAUGAUGUAAUCACUGUGGGAGCCCCGGCAGCACAUUUCCAGGGAUUUAAGAAUGGUGGUCUCCGAAAACUGCUGAGUAAAUUUGAGACGGAAAGAAGAAAUACUGGAUACCAGUGUAUUUACUAUUCACCCGAGAACACAGCUAAGGCAAAAGAAGUUCUCAGCAACAUCAAUCAUCUACAACCUCUCAUAUCAAGCCAUGCAGACCUUCUGCUUAAUUCUGCAAGCCAACAUUCUCCGGACAGCUUGAAGAACUCUUUAAAGAUGCUUUCAGAAAAAACAGAGUUGUUUGUGCAUGCAUUUAAGGAUCAGCUGGUCAGAAGUGCCCUUUUAGCACUAUAUACAGCCCGACCUGGCUGUGUCCUCAAGAAACCAGCUGUGCCUAGAAACAGUGCAGAAGAGGGGGAUGACCUAAAACAUCAGGAUCAUCCAUCUCAGGUUAAAAGACAGGACUCUAUACCCCAUCAUUCUGAGUAUGAUGAGGAAGAGUGGGACAGGGUGUGGGCCAAUGUGGGGAAGAGUUUAAACUGUGUUAUUGCCAUGGUGGACAAACUGCUUGAAAAAGACAACAGCGGCAACACUAAAGAAGGUGAAACUGACCCUUCAACAGCAGAUUGCAAGCAUGCAGGCAGUGACUGGUAUGAGCAGCUUUAUCCCCUGGUGAUUACGCUGAAGGAUUGCAUGGGAGAGGUGGUCACUAGGGCAAAGCAGUCCAUGGCGUUUGUUUUGCUCCAGGAACUUGCCUGUGGUUUGCCACAAUGUUUGAUGCUGACCCUAAGGAGAGACAUUGUCUUUAGUCAAGCACUUGCUGGAUUGGUCUGUGGGUUUAUAAUCAAGCUGCACACAGGUUUACAUGAUCAAGGAUUUUUACAACAGCUUCAUACUGUUGGAUUACUUGUGCAAUAUGAAGGACUCCUAAGCACAUAUAGUGAAGAAGCAGGGAUGCUCGAAGACAUGGCUGUGGGAAUUUCAGAUUUGCAGAAAGUAAUGUUUAAAGUCAUUGAAGCCAAAUCAGAAGACUUUUUGCCUAUUAUAACUGGAAGGCGUGAACAUUAUGUCAUAGAGGUCCAGCUUCCGGCAAAGAUGUUCGAGUUGCUACCACAAGAGAUUAAAGAAGGAAAGCUACUUCGCAUGUAUCCAGUACUCUUUAAUGUUGGAAUCAAUGAACAGCAAACACUUGCAGACAGGUUUGGAGAUACCACUUUGCAAGAAAACAUUAACCAAGAAAACUUACAACUUCUAAAGGAAUAUUACAACCUGUUUACGGAAAAAAUGCCUCCUGAUUGUCUACCACAUUUUCAAGAACAAAAUGAUUUAAAGGGAUUACUAGAAAGUCUUCAUCAAAGUAUCCAGGCCAAAAAGAGGAAGAAUGUAGAAAUCAUGUGGCUGGCUGCGACGAUUUGCCGUAAGCUGAAUGGAGUCCGCUUCACCUGCUGCAAAAGUGCCAAAGACCGGACAUCCAUGUCAGUGACAUUGGAACAGUGCUCCAUCUUGAGGGACGAGCAUCAGCUUCACAAAGACUUCUUUAUUCGGGCACUGGAUUGUAUGAGAAGAGAAGGAUGCCGCAUAGAGAAUGUACUGAAGAAUGUCAAAUGCAGAAAGUAUGCAUUCAACAUGAUACAGCUGAUGGCUUUCCCAAAGUACUACAGACCUCCAGAAGGGACAUAUGGAAAAACUGACACCUAAGUUUAACAAAAAUGUAAUCAGGAACAUAUACCAUGCUAAUUAGUGAAUAUAAAAAUUGCUGUUUAUGACUUAAUAAUUUGGAAUGUGUAACCGGUUGAGGUGUUAUUUUAUGAGGUUUAACAUUUUAAAAGUAACAACGGUUAGUCAUCAUGAAAUAAAAUAUUGGUGAUUUAGAUAUUCUCAAAACCAAAUACAUUCAACUUAUCUUUGUGGACUUGAAGCUUAGCAUGACUCAUCAACCAGUUGGAAUUAGGUCUUGGGGUGAUGGAAGAUUAUUAAAAAGGGAAAUGUCAUUUGCAAUAGGAACUGAUGUUAUCAGUCUGGAGGGGAGCAUUCUGACUCUGAACCAAAGCCUGAGAUUUGAAUUAAAGGAUCUCUUCCUGCCAGAAAUGAUGUUUUCUGGUACUGCCAAAGCACUGAGGUCAUGAUCAGUAAUAAUUAGAUCCUCCAUGGAAUUUUUCAUGAAAGAUGCAACUCUUAAUACCUGGGCUAAAUACAAUUUUGGUCAUUACGUUUGUGUUCUUUAUAUAAGCAUGGAAACUUCACUAUAUAUUUUUAGUAAUUACCGCCUGUAAUUUCAGUAGUUGCAUUCUGGUUUGUUGCAGUUCGUUUGGAUGUAUCUUUCUUGGCUUUCUGUAUCUGAGCCAAAUACCACUUAUUUCACUUGAUCUUGCACAUAAAUCACACUGAAUUCGGAGGGAUUAGUUCUUCAAGAAAGGUGACUUAUAUCUAACCUGUCAUGUUCCUGUUCACAGUAGACCCUUAAAACUAAAUUUUCCUUAGUGAUAGGUAAAAUGACUUGUAUAUACAGGCAUUAAUAUAUUGUUAGGUUAUAAAAAUGUGUUUUUACAGAGUCUGAGAGAAAUGUUAUAUUUACAGUAACCUCCUGUAUUAGGACUAGUUAGCUUCUGCAGCUGAUUUAUAUGAAAUUUGUAAUGCUGCAUGUAGAUGUUCUAGGAUAAAGAACAACUAUGAGCUUUAAAAGUGAAUGUUAAUGCUUCUGCCAGCUUGUGUUAGUCUUGAAAUGUGUCUUGCAAAGAACAUUUGUGUUUUCCUAUUUUCUCUAUUUAUUGCCUUCUUCUGCCCCCCCAGAGAGAAGUACAGUUAACAAAAAACAAGUGUCCACUGGUUACUAACCUUUGUGUGAUGCAUUUAUUUUAAGAAAAAACUAUCUAGAGCAGAAGUAUAAGAAUUCUACCCAAAUUAAACUGCACUGGGAAUUUGAGUACCUGUAGGAAAUUGUAGUUGCUAUGGAUAAAGUGGUAAAUGUUUGCUUGCCUCUAUAGAAGUCCAAGAAAUCUUGAUGCAUAGUGAAUUACAAUUUGUUCUUUUUCAUCUGUUAAGACUUGUUACUGGGUAUAAAUCUGUAACUGUACUAGUAAAAAAUACUUGCUUAAGCACCUGAUUGUGCAAGCUCUAUUUGGUAGAUUAUGUAGAAAUUAUCUAUUGUGAAUAGAAUCAAACCCCUCACGUACACUUGCAAGAUGAGGCUUUGGAACAUGUAGAAGUAUGUCAGGAAUGGAUCUUCAUUCCAACACACUGACUUCAGUGAAGCCAAGAAUUCACCUACACAGCAUAUUUUCCUAAUUGGAAUGUUUUUUCAAAGUGAAGUAGUUUGUUUAAAAAGGACUUUUGCGCAGUUGUUGUUUAUUCAUAUUAAGUCUCCAUUAGAAUAUUGUUUCAUGAAUGACUUCUUUGCUCUUCUAGAAUGUAUUGCAUCAAUAGUAGAUGCCAGAAGAGCUAGCAGUGCAUCAUAGACAAUGCAAUGAUUUUUCCUGUCGUGUACCAGUGGGCACUACUCGGUGGAUGUGCGGAUAAAAUUCUGUGCAUUUAAAUAUUAUGCAUCAGGUCUGCACAAAAUUUUAUUUGCAGGUUUAUGGAGCAUAAAUCUUCCUAGGAAAGUACUGUUCUGUUCUGUCGGUCUGACUGCUACUCUAUACCUCACUUCGUUUCUGCUGUGUUUAUUGCUAACUUACAGAAACGUUACAUAUACAGCUGAGAAAGAGUGGUAACUUCUUUAGGCACCUCUGAAAUGAUCCCAGUGAUACACAGUAGAAAUGCUGGCCUUCCUAAAGUGAUUCUGGAACUGCCUGUGAAAUUCUAGGCAAAGACAGUAUACACUUGUGGGUACUUUCAUUUCUUACAGUUCUUUAUCUCAGCCCCAUGGGAAUUCUGUCAAAUUCAAAAUGAAAAAACUAUAGAUUUCUUUUUUUAAUUAAGAAAAUAGUCUUUCAAGAUCUUGCCUCAGCAUUUAAUCUCAUAGGGUUCUAAAUUAUUUUGACUAUAAUGUUACCUUUAUAUUUAAAAUGUUUUCAUCAGUGAAGCUGCACUUUGGGGGAAAAAAACCACAACAACCAAACAUAUUGCAGUUCUUUUUAUUGAAACAGGUGUACCCAACAAACUUCACUGGGCUUGGGCCAUUAUGGAAGAGCAGGUUGGGUUUUGUUUUGAAUAAGGCUGAACUUUUUCAUGCUAGUGUUUUCACUGGAAUGUCUUUUUGUAGGUCACUAAGACUAUUUUAAAACCUGACACAAUUCCAAGUGUCCUGGAAGAACUUUAUUGCUUCUGUACUGAAGGAGGCUCAACUAUUUCUUUGUUUUGUCAUUGCCUGCCAUGGGUCUACAGCAUUUUAUUCAGUCAGAGCCUGUCUUGUCAAAGCAGAGUUGUCAAUUAAUCACGGAUUCACAACUUGUGUUUUUCUGGUUUGUCUUUUAAACAAAGAUCUUUUUGCUGCAGGUUGACAGUUUAAUUGAAGUGCAUUCACUCUGUACAGAAGACAUUUUAAGUCACGUCUGUCUUUUGAAUGCCCAGCAGAGGAGUUGAAUCAUCCCCUGAGGUUCAUCUUGCAUGAAUCCUUGUAUAUCACUGAAUUACACAGGAGUAGGAUUCAGGAAAUAAAUUUUCAUUAGAAAGCUACACCGUUUGCACAGAGUUAAGGGAAACAAGCUCAUUUAGCAGCAUAUGUAUGGGAAGUGUUCCAUAUCUGCUUGACUUAAAGUUAAAGUAGUUUUUUUCUCAUAGAUGAUUAUAAUACUGUCAGAAUUAAUACAGAACAUGUACAGGCUUGACAUGAUUAAGCAGGCAGAUCUUUUUGCUUCUGAAGUCUUCUUUGGGGGAAUUUUUAAUAUGUUUUUAUUACAGUUUAUACUUUGGCUUUUAUGGAGCAAUUAGGAAACAAGUUUUUAAUUGUUACCUGAUUUUGCUGAUGUAUACUUGUGCAUUUUAGUGGAAUACUUGAAAAUAUAUGUGUUAAGAGGAACAAAAUACAUAAGAGGACAGCUGAAAGAGACAAACUAUUACCUGGGAAAGAGCCUUAAUGAUGCUAAAAACUAACAAUUUUUUGUAUUGUUCAAACUUUGGCAUUUUUCUUAAAGUAAAAUAGGGAAAUUAAUGCUGUGUCUAAAACAAUCAAUCUAGAUUAAAAUUCACUGAUUAUAAGUGAACUAAAGUGUAAUGGUAUUUUAAAUAAUCACUAAGAAUUUAGGUACAAAGUGGAAUGUAUUAAUUUGAAGCCCACUGCAUAUUAUGCCUAUUUUGACUUCCAGAAAAUAAGCUUAUUCUUAUUCGUAUUUUUAUCACGAGUUCCAAGAAAUGCUAUGGCCAAUUUAUGAAGAGCAGGAAAUGCACUUAACACCAACAGGUAUAAUAUAUAAAUUGCAUUAAAAACUGUGCAGUAAAAUUACUUGUGUGAAUUAAUGUUUGUCAUCAAUUAACAGACUUAAACAUACAUUGUGUGAGUUGGCUAUGUUACAAACUCGAAACAAUGAUAUCUUUAUGCUUUGUUAUUGUAAAAAGGAAAUGUUCUGUACAGGCAAUGCUGUGAGACAUGAAUUUGCUUCUUACCUUUCACUUAUUUGCAGCUUAAAAGGAUAUGUUUACAUUCAAAAUGCUUUAACAUAAUUUACAGCUUUUUACAACACAAUCUUAGCUUGUAAAUUGGACGUUAAAAAGCAAAAACUCACAGAACUGCAUUUAAAAACAAGUAAACCAAAACCAGACUUCAGUCUCCAGAAUGUUGAGGUUUUUCCUUAGUCAUGCAACCCACGAGCUGUUGUGGUGCUGGAGCGUUCAGCUUAUGCUCUGCAGCACUCAAGUGCUUCUUUCCCUUAGUGUCAUCUGUAUAAGUAACGUGCCACAACAAUAAAUUUCCGCAUAAUGCUCAUGAUUCAAGAUGAAAAAUGUGGAUUUGCUCAAAAAGAACAAGAAGUAGCAAUUCAAUAAUUCAGAAUAAAAAAUAAAAAAUGAAGAAGUUUGUUAACCAAUGUAUCCAUAUUCCAAAAAGCAGAAACAGAAGGCAUGGGGUGUGUGUGCUAACAGGGAAUGAGAUUUAUGAUAGAAAUCUGAGUGUAACAGUUGAGUGCUCAGAAUCUGGGUUUUGGAGUGGUGAGAUUUGGGGCAGUGCCGCUUUAACUUGGAUUUCUAACUGCAGUGUUCUGUAUUCUUUCCAUCUGUCUUGCAAAGGGCUUUGAAAGUUUUUAGCAAUUCUGUUUUGUUUAUGAAGGUCUGGCUUCAAUUUUUUUAAAAUCCUGAGUUGCUUUGAUACUUGUUUUCAUUUGGUGUAGCUGUUCCUUGUAAUGUUCAUGUCUCACACUCUCGUGCACGUGAGGCUCAGUAUAACAUUAACAGGACUUCAGAUUGUGUGUGUGUGUUCAGAGAAAUAAAGCACAACUAAGCAAUUCAAAUCUUUUUAUACAUCAGGAUUUAGCAUUUUUGUUUCAUUGCUGUCUGUAAGCCAUGCUCAUUGUACACUGUGUGUAUACUUUUAUUUAAAUAAAUGUGAUAUUUAUUUUUUA